AUGUCCAUGCGGAGCCCUGUCUCUGUGCAGCUGGCCCCGGACAGUGCUAGCACCAUGGUGAACUGCACCAUCAAAUCUGAAGAGAAGAAGGAGCCUCAUCAUGAGGCCCCCCAAGACACAGCCACUGCAGUGGAGACCCAGCCUGAAGACCCAGCCCUGGCACUGCAGGAUGCCACCAAUUCACAAGCUCCAGCUCAGGACUGUGCCUCACCAGAGAGCAGUGGGUCUCCAGACCCCAAGAGACCAGCAGCUUCUGAGGCUGCUUCGGGAAGCCAGGAGCGGCUCGACUUCAACCGCAACUUACAAGAAGUUGUGCCAGCCAUUGAGAAGCUGCUGUCCAGUGAUUGGAAGGAGCGGUUUCUGGGAAGAAGCUCUGUGGAAACCAAGGAUGUCAAAGGGACCCAAGAGAGCCUGGCUGAGAAGGAGCUCCAGCUUCUGGUCAUGAUCCACCAGCUGUCUGCCCUUCGGGACCAGCUCCUCACGGCCCACUCUGAGCAAAAGAACAUGGCCGCCAUGCUGUUUGAGAAGCAGCAGCAACAGAUGGAACUGGCCCGGCAGCAGCAGGAGCAGAUCGCCAAGCAGCAGCAACAGCUGAUUCAACAGCAGCACAAGAUCAAUGUCCUCCAGCAGCAGAUCCAGCAGGUUAACUUGCCUUAUGUCAUGAUCCCAGCCUUUCCCCCAAGUCACCAGCCUCUGCCUGUCACUCCUGAUUCCCAACUGGCUUUGCCUCUUCAGCCCAUUCCCUGCAAACCAGUGGAGUACCCGCUGCAGCUCCUGCACAGCCCUCCGGCCCCUGUGGUGAAAAGGCCUGGGGUGGCCACACACCACCCUCUGCAGGAACCCCCACAGCCAUUGAACCUCACAGCCAAGCCCAAGGCGCCUGAGCUGCCCAACACCUCCAGCUCCCCCAACCUGAAAAUGAACAGCUGUGGGCCUCGCCCCUCCAGCCACGGGGCUCCCACAAGGGACCUGCAGUCCAGCCCCCCCAGCCUCCCUCUGGGCUUCCUUGGUGAAGGGGAUGCUGUCACCAGAGCCAUCCAGGAUGCUCGCCAGCUGCUGCAUGGCCAUAGUGGGACCUUGGAAAACUCACCCAAUCCCCCAUUCCGAAAGGACCUCAUCAGCCUGGAAUCAUCCCCAGCCAAAGAACGGCUGGAGGAGAGCUGUGUGCACCCACUGGAGGAAGCCAUGCUGAGCUGCGACAUGGACGGUGCUCGCCAUUUCUCCGAGUCCCGGAACAGCAGCCACAUCAAGAGACCCAUGAAUGCCUUCAUGGUGUGGGCCAAGGAUGAGCGGAGGAAAAUUCUCCAGGCCUUCCCAGACAUGCACAACUCCAGCAUCAGCAAGAUUCUUGGCUCUCGCUGGAAGUCCAUGACAAACCAGGAGAAGCAGCCAUACUAUGAGGAGCAGGCCCGUCUGAGUCGGCAGCACCUGGAGAAAUACCCCGAUUACAAGUACAAGCCAAGGCCUAAGCGCACCUGCGUUGUGGAGGGACGGCGGCUGCGUGUGGGCGAGUACAAGGCCCUGAUGAGAACACGGCGCCAGGGUGCUCGCCAGAGCUACACCAUCCCCCCGCAGGCUGGCCAGGCACAGGUGAGCUCCUCAGAUGUCCUGUUUCCUCGGGCAGCAGGCAUGCCCCUGGCACAACCAUUGGUGGAGCACUAUGUCCCCCAGGGCCUGGACCCCAACAUGCCGGUCAUCAUCAAUACCUGCAGCCUCCGGGAGGAAGGGGAGGGCACAGAUGACAGGCACUCAGUGGCUGAUGGAGAGAUGUACCGGUACAGCGAGGACGAGGACUCAGAGGGCGAAGAGAAGAGUGAUGGGGAGUUGGUGGUACUCACAGACUGA